CCAACCUGCACGGUCCCCGCGUUGGGAGCCUUGAGGCUUGGAAGCCCUUGCCCUCUCGCCAACCAUCAUCCGCCUGUCUGUCGUGGGGACAAAUGCGUUAGAAAUGAUUUGGCCAUGGACCGUGCGGCAGGAGGCUCCUUCUCGCAACAAGCCUGAAACAAAGCCGCCUGAAAUUGACAACCUCGACGAUGUAGCUGCUGUGAUCCGGGAGCUGAAGGCGAGGACACUCUCCCUUCCCGUCGAUAUACUCCUGCUCUCGGCAUUUGUCGCAGGCUCAGCUACCGCAGCUGGAAGUAUAGGCAUAUAUAGACGGUAUUGGCGACGGCUACCUAGUGCAGACUGGAUUACUCCGGACAUUCUAGCGAAGGGGCGUUGGGUCAAGGGAUACGUGACCAGCGUAGGCGAUGCGGACAACUUCCGCCUGUAUCAUACGCCAGGUAUUGGCUGGCGAUGGCCGCUGAAGUUCAGGGCCGUACCAUCAACACGAAUAGAUCUCAAAGACCGGACGAUACAUAUACGGUUAGCGGGGAUUGACGCUCCCGAGGCCGCACACUUCGGCAAACCAGCCCAAGAAUUCGCGCAAGAAAGUCUUGCUUGGCUCAAGACUUACAUUGAAGGACGCAUGGUGUACUGCCAGCUAUGCCGGAAAGACCAGUAUGGGCGCAUCGUAGCACACGUGCAUUGGAAGCCGCGCAUCCUCCCGGGUUCACUCGCUACAGGGAAGUCAGUGCAGCUGGAAAUGCUGCAACAAGGCUGGGCCGAAGUGUACGAGCAGUGGGGCGCAGAGCAUGGGAAUUUGGGUAUUGAUGAAUUCCUGCGAGCUCAGGGCGAAGCUCAGGUCAAGCGGCGUGGUAUCUGGAAGCACGGCCUCGUGCGCGAGUCGGCCGCUGAAUACAAAAGGCGACAUGCUUCCGGCGACACAGAUUCGGUGCUCGUCAAAACAAAGAGCAAGGAUCAAACAGAAGGGGCCACAGGGGGUGAAGGUACUGCGAAGGCAGGCGGUAUUUUUCGUGCGCUGUUCCGAUUACUGGCUGGUCGGUCAGCUUGAAUGGAUGUCCGAUUACUUUUGGGAUACGGGAUGCUCAUCAUUUGCUCAUGCAAUCGCCUUUGUGUUCUGUCCCAGACCCUUGCAUCCUCUGACACAGAUGUAACUUAUGUGCAUGUGUAUUUUUUGCGACACCACUUUGUUCCGUUAGUUGGAGUGUCUUAGCCGACAGCGUCAUACUACUAGAUGUAUUCUGUCGCCUGCGAACUACGCGAGUUGUAACCGUACCAAAGUGGUACCAAUUUGCCACCGGCGCC